AUGCUUGAUAGCGCAAUUGCAGAACGUAUUAUUAUUAAUUAUAAAAAUAUUAUGCAAGAUUGUUUGGAUAAUAAAAUACAAACAGUUCUUGACAUUCCAUAUUUCGAUGAUGAACUUGAACAAGAAGAAUAUGAAGACUUAGAUAAUCCAUUUGAAUCAGAAGAUUCAAUUGAAGUGAGUAGAAAUUGUAAAGAUAAUUAA